CACACAUCUGCGCAUCUGUUCGUGCGCCAGUUUUCUGCAUUUUUAGUUUAGUUUGCACGAGUUUAGGAAUUUGAAAGUUUAUCUGAAAUACACCAGUCAGUAAAACAAGAGAGAAACAGGACGAUGGUUUGGUUUGAUCGUUGCCCAAUUAGUUUGUUUUUGGUAAAGAUGGGAAUUACGCACAGUUUGGCACUUUGGCUCGCCUGAUUCAGCUUUAAUCUCAACGGAACGAGUCGCGCUGUCACCUGAAACCUGCCCGGUUGAUGCCGACAAUCAUGAACGUUGACCCCCAGUCGGGUGCCACCGCGCCGCUGGAUCUGAGCACCACUGCGCGAGGGCGCAAGAGGUCCGGGACCCCGGACUUGAGCGUCUGCGCCAAGGACGCAGGUGGGACAGGCGGAUCGCCCGCGCCUCCAGCCAGCACGGGCACAGACAGUUCAGAGACCCGCUGCGCCUCGAACCGAGCCGCGCCGGGCUCAGAAACCAACGGGACUCGCAAACGUCACGCCGACGCGUCUCACUCAAAGCUUCCCUUUAGGAAGCGUCCGAUUCCCUCCGAACCCGAGGACCACAACCCGGUACCGGCUCCGUCGGUGAGCGGAACCCGCUCCUCUCCGGCGGAGGAGAGGGACCUCACGAUUCCGGCUACUCAAUGGGAAAAAGCCGCAGAUGAAUGCAGAGUUGGAGUCACAGUGAUCUCGAAGCGGAUUGAAGAGGCAGGACAAGUUCCAGAAGGAUAUCCCUGCUGCCUUUUCCCCAUUCUUAACUGUGGUCCCUACUACUAUCUGCCCCCAGUCUCAGAGCCAUGUCAUUCCCUGGCCCACCAGACGGACCACCUGCUGGAUGGAAUUGCUCUGGCUACACGUCAGGAUGAAGAUGGAGACACAGCUCUCCAUAUAGCUGUGGUGCAGGGGGAAAUGUCCAUGGUCUGCAAACUCAUCGAACUGCUGCUGUGUGCUCGCAGAGGCUUCGAUAUCUACAACAAUCUCCGUCAGACGCCMCUUCACCUGGCAGUGAUAACCAAACAAGCAGACAUGGUGACUGUCCUGCUGAGAGCCGGAGCCGACCCUUCUUUCCUGGACCGUCACGGCCAAACAGCGCUCCAUCUCUGUUGUGAAUACGACCAUCACGACUGCCUGUCUGUCCUGCUUUCUUUCCGCUCAUUCUCCUCAUGCCUGGAGAUCAGAAACUUUGAGGGUUUGAGUCCUCUUCAUUUGGCAGUGCUGCAUGGACAUCAGGAUUUGGCUAAAAUGCUCCUGGAUGCAGGAGCUGACAUCAAUGCUAUGGAUAUCAAAAGUGGCCAGAAUCCUCUCAUGCAUGCUGUGGAGUGCAACAAUGCAAACAUGGUCCACUUCCUCGUUGAGAAUGGAUGUGACRUAAACAGCCAGUCGUAUAGUGGAAACACGGCUCUGCACAUCGCCUGCGGCCGAGGCCAGGUGGACACAGUGCGGCUGCUCCUGAAAAGUGGAGCUGAUAGCAGCCUCAAGAACUACCACAAUGACACCCCAGUUAUGGUGGCCAAGAAUAAAAAAAUAUCAGAUGUGUUACGUGGAAGAGGCUCCAAACAGAUCAGAGCUCAAGAUCAAUACAGCAUGUCGGUUUCACCUCAUCGAAGCAGCUAUAUGGAAAAUGGGUCACCAUCAUCAAGCCAAAGUCAUGGGUCGUCACCUUCAACAACGCCACACAGUCUUUAUCGUAGUGCUGCCCAUUCUCCGGACACUCCAGCUGCACCGUUUGCAUUUUACUAACUCUCUGUCAUUCUCUGGUGAAAUUAGAAACUACCUCCUCACCGCUAAGCAUCAAACUCAAGACAUUUAUAAGAAGACUGACCCAAAAAGAGAGCAGACCAAAACACGCAGCAGAUUGAACUGAACUGUGGGGCUGGCGGCACCCCUCAGGCUUGGUCCUGCGGCAUGUCUAACUGUACAGCUGCUGUUCUGAACUCUUUUGUUUUGAAGAAAAAAAUAUGGAGAGACAAGCAUCUGUAGCGAUUGGAUGGAUUUUUCCUUAAGAAUGUCAGCAUCAAAUUGUACAUAUGCUAUUAAAUGUAAACAAAGCAAAUUGUAAAAGACUUUUAUGAGAUUACUUGUACAUAUCUGUAAAUAACAUAACAGAUCUCAAUGAAAUAUGAGUUUGCCACUUUACCUUCAUUACUGGUACUGUAUACACUGUCGGAGGAAAUGAGGGUGUAUAUGCAAGAAACAUUCCUGACCUUACUUGAACACUGGACAUUUAAAUUGUCUUCAUCACAAGGGUACAAGGACAGUCAAAAUUUAAUUACUGCUUCCAGUAUUUUAUAUAUUUUUUGUAAAUACUCCUAUUGAUACUCUGAUGAGUCAAAAUCCCUCUCGUUAUAUUUAAAGAAUCUUGUAAUGAAUGGUACUGUAUUAGUGUGCUUGUUUGAAUGUGUUAUUGUCACAAGAGGUAUGUUUAUAUAAAGACUGCUCAUCCUCAUUGUUCCCACUGUGUUUCAAAAAGCACAAAUAAAUAUAUAUUUGUAUGCA